GUAAUUUCCCUGUGAAACUAUUCGGUGCGCGCUAUGUGUUUUAUAGAAAAUUGCUUGUGGCUAUGAUGGCAUCGCCACCUGAGUUGCCAGAAAAGGGAGUCACUUUCAUCAUGUUUUGUAUAGUUUGAAGCUCAAGUGUGGCAUGAGUUGAUGUUAUAUCAGUGUAUAUCAGGCAUAUGCAACAGGUUUCCAGCCUGGCUAUGCAGAUGGCUGGGCAGGGAUGGCUGUCUUCUGGUACGCAUUGUUGUUCAGCAGCACUAUACUCUAGUGCGCAACCAAUGAAGGUUCACAGGACAUUUUUCCUGUGAAGGGAAGAGCCUUAGUUCCAUUGGAACAGCUCCAAGCUUGCCUACGGGCAGGUAAUGCCCCUCAAUGCAGCUCUACUGGUAUGGACUGUGGCCAUUCAAGCUCACUUGGUGUUAUGCGGAAAGAUGGUGAAUUCUCGACUAUCAGCCUUGACACCUUCGACACAUACCAGAGUACUCGUCCUGAAAUUCAAAGCUGACUCGUUUGUGAACUCCAGCACCUCUAUUGCGGAAGUGGGUGGCAUCAAAGUGGUGGAUGCCAAUGGGACGUGCUUGAGUUGUGAUUCUUACACAGUUUGCUCUUCCCCUAAUCCGCCGGACGAGAAGGGGGCAUCGGGGAAUGUCACGGGCAGAGAAUGGGCGAGUGGCAAGAGUUGGAGGUGGAAGGUAUUGUCUUCUUCCGUUUUCGACUUCAUGCUCCAGACUCCGAUCUCCAAGCUCAAAGGUGAUGCGAGCUUUGGAGUUGUCAUCAACAGCGCUGUUGACUCUUCAGGCGAAAACUCAGAAGAACAACAAGGGCGACAAGUUACCAAUUGGGUGGUAACAAGUGUUUUGGGCACUCAAGAUACCUCGACUGGAAAAUGGCUUCGGUCAGCUUGGUCCAAGGUUGCUGUGAACCUCAAUGGAGAUUUUCGCUACGGGGUCAGUGGCUCGCAGGGUGCCAUUUUGACAAAGGAUCCUGAAGCUGGAAAGGAGCUUCUUGCCGAGCAUUGUCUUCGUCCUGAAAACAUCACCAACUACCUGGUGACGGAGCACUCUUUGACAAAGGGCCGAAUGGAGGUGACUGCGAAGUGCAAAGCGGCUUUUAAGGGCAGCCCCGUGGUUCUUGAAUGUGAGGAGGAUCUAACUCCUUACAAGCUUCUGGGUUGUGCCAGUGAGUUAUGCGUUCCUCCAGCGGAUCUGGCAGCUUAUGAAGUGACUGAGACAAGCCUGGCAAGGGGUGCUUUUGUGGUGGAAGCGACCUGUAAAGACGGCUACAGCGGCAGUGCAGAAGCAUUUGUAUGUGGAAGGGAUGGGGAGCCGUACGAAUUAUUUGGUUGCGAUACAACAACAUCAACCCUCACCACCACGACCACAACCACAGAGACCACCACAACUACAUCAACUUACACCACCACCACCACAUCGACAUCAACUGUCACCAGCACAACCAGUACGUCGACAACAACUGAGACAACUACAUCCACCACUACGACUACCGAGACGACAACUUCAACCACCACCAGCACAACAAUCCUCUCAUGCAUGGAAGUCGUUGACAAAGCCUAUCAAGUUACUGUAAACAGCUUGGAGGUCCGAGCAUUCCAAGCUACGGCUUCAUGUCGUGAAGGAUAUCAAGGUGAUGCGAAAGUGGAGGCACUGGACACGUCGACGGACACGAGACGCACACUUUUCAUUACGCUACAGGCCUGCGAUGCGCCGGACAAGCCUUUCAAGCUCAGUGGAUGCAAAGCAGUUGUUUGCCAAACACCUUCUGAUACCUCAGGAUAUGUUUUGACAGAAGUCAGUGUGAAACAGCUUGACUUCAAUAUCCAAGCUCAGUGUGCCCCUUUCUUCCACGGCAGUGCUGCGGUUGAAAAAUGUGCUGAACAUGAUGAGGAGUACGGACUGUCUGGCUGUGAAUUGGAUCGAUGCCGCUCACCAGAUGAUACCACUGGCUAUAUUGUGACCGAAACAGAUCUGACCUUGAAGGACUUCCAAGUGAAGGUGGCGUGCUCAGAAGGAUACGUAGGAGUAGCAAAGGUUGCAAAAUGCAAUGGAGGAUACAAAGAAGAUUCCUAUGUGUUAGAAGGCUGUGAAAGUACAACAACCACAACAACGACAGAAACGGAAACUACGACCACCACCAGUACAACCACCGAAACUAGCACGCAAACAACAACCUCAACAGAGACGACUACAUCCACUACAACAAGCACCUCGACUGUCACAACCACUUCAACAGUGACAACUACCACCACCGUGACCACUACUGCCACCAAAACUAGCACAAUUACCUCAACAACCACAACGACAGCGACUGAAACCACAACAACAACAAUCACUGAAACCACUACUUCUACAUCCACCAGCACUUCAACGAUCACUUUGACAUCAACUGUCACCCAGACCGAAACAAGCACAUCAACUACUACGACCUCCACCUCAACCACAACGGAAACAACCACAUCAACUUCAACUUCUACCACUAGCAGCACAUCCACCUCAACAACUACUACGACUUCCACCGUAACGAGCACAGCAACCAUCACAUCAACCGCAACAACAACUUCAACGUCUACUUCCACGAGCACAAGCACAACAACCACUUCGACCAGCACUACCACCACAUCAACUUCCACAGUAACCAGCACUACAACUACAUCAACUUCAACGAUCACGAGCACAACGACUACAUCAACAUCUACAGCAACCAGCACAACAACCACUUCCACAAGCACGGUCACAACAACCACAACGACUGCAACAACAACAAGAACCUCCACAUCAACAGCGACAAGCACCACGACCACAACUACCUCUACAAUCACCAGUACAACCACCACUUCGACUAGCACAAGCACCACGACUACAUCUACUGUCACAUCUACAACGACCACGUCUACGAGCACAGCUACUUCAACAACAUCGACCUCCACUACGACUCCCAAGGGAGUGUGCAUAGCUCCUGCUGCGACAAAAGGUUAUCUAGUCUCUGAGCACAAUCUCUUUAUGGACGAGUUCUCUGUCACCGCCAGGUGCAGCAAAGGCUUCGCAGGGACAGCUGUUGUGUCAGCUUGCACCAAGCACCUGGAUACGUUUAGCUUGAGUGGCUGCACACGCGUGUGUCUGGCACCUGCUGACUCGGAUGGCUACCUGAUCAAAGAAGUUUCGGUUGUGCAAGAUCAGUUUCAAGUUGAAGUGUCUUGUGCAGAUGGCUUUGCCGCCUAUUCCACGCCCCAAGCUGUUGUAUGUGGGGGCGCAAAAGAAGAGUACAGCCUCCAGGGCUGUGGUCCAAGGAAGCGAUGCUUAGCCCCUGAUGAUGUCACAGGCUACCUCAUCACAGAAACCGAUCUGCUGGCGCACGAAUUUGCAGUGAGUGCAAAGUGUGACUCUGGCUUUGUUGGAACGGCCACAGUGGAGCCAUGCGCAUCUGAUUUGGAGUCUUAUAAACUGAAGGGAUGCAGCAAACGUUGAUGCUGACAGCAAACAACGAAACUAUUCAAAAUAGAUUUCGAUUUGCGUUAUCGAGCCAAAAGCCAAAUACAUAAUUAGAAAUCUUUUACUACUAUAACUAUUUUUUCAAUAUAGAAUGCAAACACUUAUUUGUUUCUU